CUAUGUAGUAACAGUAGAUUUUAAUUGAAACGAAAUCUGUAUAAAUUAUUCAAUGUUCGUUAUUUAAUAAUAUAGCUGUCACAGGCUUAAGACAGUAUUUGAAGCAUAGCGCAAUUCUUUUUUUAUUAAAACAUGGCUAUGCUUGCGGAGCCGCGGCGGAAGCAAAAGUGGACGUUAAAUCCACGAGGAAAACAAUGGAGCGAAGAUUCUAAUAAAUUCGGGCAGAAAAUGUUGGAGAAAAUGGGAUGGUCGGCGGGCAAGGGGCUGGGAGCCAGUGAACAGGGUAUAACCGAGCAUGUUAGAGUACCACUUAAGAACGAUACUUCAGGUAUUGGAUUUAAGAAGGAUGCCCUGGACGAGGCUUGGACAGAACAUCAAGACAGCUACAAUGAGUUUUUAAAACAGCUUCAAGAGAAUGAAGAUCAUAAUGUGGUGAAAAUCGAGGAAAAUGAUGUGCUAAGUGGGAAGUCCUUGGAAUUGAAAUCCAAGCAAAGUCGUGCUCGCGUUCACUACCAGAAGUUUACGAGAGGCAAGGACGUAAAUAAGUACAGUUCCAAAGAUUUGGCGAACAUAUUCGGCCAGAAGGAGUUGAGCAUUAUUAAGAAAGAUAAAAAUAAGGAAUCUGUUCAGGAGGAAAAGUUAGAUGAAAUAGGAAUGCAAGAUAAUAGAGGUGGUGUGAUCACUAUAAACGGUGGUAACAUGGCAGAAUAUUUUAUGAAGAAGAGUCAGCAGUUCACCUCCACGAUAAAGAAAGAACAAGAAGAAAUCGAAUCAGAAAGCGAACUAACGAAAUAUGUUGGAUUUGGAUUUUCCUCGCAGGUUCAGAGGGAAACGAAGUCUGUUGAAGAGGAAGAAGAUGCGAAAGGAGUAGGAAAGAAGGUGGAAACUAAAAAGAGCCAACGACAUAAAGAAGAUUCUCCUAGCAAUUAUGCUUUUGAAAAUCCUUGUAUACAAUUAGAUAGUCCAGAAAUUGUUUCUAAUUCUAGUAAAUGUAAAUCGUAUAAAAGAAAGUCUUUAGAUGAUAUUAAACCAAGUCCAAGCAAGAAAGUUAAGAAGUUUAAGAGCGAUGAAAGCGUAAGUGAGAGUGAAUAUGGGAUUGUAAACGCUGCUAUGGAUUUAGAUGUAGAUAAUGAACCAGUAAAUGAAACUUUUAAUGGAAAAGAGUUUGAAGUGCCUAGGGUACAAUUUGGUUUAACAAAUACUGGCUUAGAUUUGAGCGAUGAGACAAAUGUUAAAAAGAGGAGAGUAACUUUCAAUGACCAUGUGGAAUAUAGUACUGAUCCUAUCAACAAGAAAAAGAAACUUAUCACAUUGGACAAAUUCGAGGUCGAGAACACAAAGAGGAAGAAGAAGAAAUCAAAGGAUAAGAAAAAGGAUCAUCAUGUAGUCAAUGAUAAUUCGAUUUCGUCGGGUUUUGUGAACGAAGCCUUAGAGUUGGUAGAACCCACAGAAGUUAACGAUAAUGAGAUGGUGAAUAAGAAAAAGAAGAAGUCAAAGGAUAAAAAGAAACCUAAACCAGAUGAUGAUUAUACAUCGUCUGGUUUUGUAAACGAAGCUUUGGAUUUAGCUUCGCUAGAAAAAUCUGUGGAAGUGAAUGAUAACGAAAUUAACGAGAUCAGUGAAGUCAGAUGUGAUAAUGUGAGAAAAAAGAGAAGUCGCAGAUCGAAUUUGGAAACAAUUAUAGAAAUUCCAGAGGAAGAUGGAUUAGAUGUGACUAAAAGAUCUAAAGUUGAAGAUGAUAUAACUGAAAUUGACAACAGCGUGGUCGCUGUUGAUAGUAAUCAGUUGCAAGACGAUGGAGCUAAGAAAAAAGACAAGAAAAAGAAGUGCAAAGGAAAUAUUGAAGAAGAGCAUAAAAAGGUAACAACAAUAGAAGAGAAAAAAAUAAUUUUAGAAUCAGGUAACGUAAGAUUGGAAGAAGAAGAUGAACAAAGUAUAAAUGAAGAAAAAAGGAUAAUGGAUAUUUUACAAGAGAAGAAGAUGAGGAAAAAUAAGAGCAGUGAUCAACUUGAAGAGGAAGUCCAAAAUGAUACAGAAGCCGUAAAGCUCAAGAAGAAGAAGAAGAAAGAAAAUCAAGAUAAAAGUAUUGAUCAAAAUUCAGAAAUUAAUCCAGAAACUGAUGGAAACAAAGAAAAUGAUGUUCAUGAAGAAUUUACCGAGACCGAGUUGAAAAAGAAGAAAAAGAAGAAGAAGAAAGAUAAAGACGAGAAUAAUCUUAACGUAAGUAAGACAAAUGAUUUGAAUAAAUUAGAGGAGGGAACAGAAAUUAAGAAAGGUACUCCUAAUAAAGAAAGUCGAAAAGAAAACAGUUCGAAGGAAACUGAAUUAACAAUCGAACCAAAGGAGAAUAGCUCAGAAAUUCAGUAUUCACAGGACAAUAAUAUCGAUGCAACACAGAAUACUGAAUUUCGAAAUAAUAAAAAUAGAAAUAGAUUUUCAAGUAGUAACAGGAGGUCUUCUACGAGGAAUAAUUCUAAUAAUGAUAAUUCAAGUAGUCCUCGGAACCAAAGAUCGAGGAUGUCGAAAAAAUUGUUAGUGUCAUUGUUUAAUAAGAGUUCAGUGCACAAUUUUCCGGGAUCUAAUAUGGACGAAAUAAAAGGAUACGGUGUACAAUAAGACGUGUACGAAUCUUGAGGAAUGAGGAAGAAGCUAGUAUGUAUUUCAAGUAGUUUGUACAUUAAAAUAUUGUCGGUCUACGACAACAUCUGUUGACAUGCGACUUGCGUAUGUACAUAUAAUCAUUUUUAUUUAUUUAAAUUGAAAGAGAAAUUAUAUUAGAUCGCGUCAUAAUUUCAUACAGUCUAUCAUAUGAAAGCCAAAAUUAAAGAUAGAAGAUAUGUUUUAAAAAUUUCAAUAAAAUAUUUUAUUUUAUAUUUA